AGAGUGCCUCCGUCUGUCCUGUAGGUUCAUUCAAUCUCCCAUACACACAGACCCACAGCGAGACCGACACACACUCCCAUACACUCACACACACAACUGCAGGCAGCGAGGCUCGGGAAGUCAGGCCGGCUCUUCGCCCCGGCGCCUUCUCUGCUCCAGCCGGCCGGGUCUCCCUGGGGGCCCGGAGCUCGGCCGGGCCGCGCAGCCCCGUUAGAGGACGAGCUCGGCGGACCCCCGCUCCUCCAUGGGCAAACGCGGGCGGCCGCGCAAGGAGGCGCGCUGCGAGGGCGCGGGGCUGGCCCCCACCGCGCCCCCGGCUGUGCCCCCCGCCGCGGCCGCGCCCCAGCCCCCGGCCCUGCCCGAGGACCCCGCUGGGGCCAAGCCCAGGUGCCCCUUCUCAGACAUUUUCAACACCAGCGAGAACUCGAUGGAGAAGCACAUCAACACUUUUCUGCAGAACGUGCAGAUUCUGCUCGAGGCCGCCAGCUACCUGGAGCAGAUCGAGAAAGAAAACAAAAAGUGUGAACAUGGCUACGCCUCUUCAUUCCCGUCCAUGCCGAGCCCCCGACUGCAGCAUUCAAAGCCCCCACGGAGGUUGAGCCGGGCACAGAAACACAGCAGCGGGAGCAGCAACACCAGCACUGCCAACAGAUCUACACACAAUGAGCUGGAAAAGAAUCGACGAGCUCAUCUGCGCCUUUGUUUAGAACGCUUAAAAGUUCUGAUUCCACUAGGACCAGACUGCACCCGGCACACAACACUUGGUUUGCUCAACAAAGCCAAAGCACACAUCAAGAAACUUGAAGAAGCUGAAAGAAAAAGCCAGCACCAGCUCGAGAAUUUGGAACGAGAACAGAGAUUUUUAAAGUGGCGACUGGAACAGCUGCAGGGUCCUCAGGAGAUGGAACGAAUACGAAUGGACAGCAUUGGAUCAACUAUUUCUUCAGAUCGUUCUGAUUCAGAGCGAGAGGAGAUUGAAGUGGAUGUUGAAAGCACAGAGUUCUCCCAUGGAGAAGUGGACAAUAUAAGUACCACCAGCAUCAGUGACAUUGAUGACCACAGCAGCCUGCCGAGUAUUGGGAGUGACGAGGGUUACUCCAGUGCCAGUGUCAAACUUUCAUUCACUUCAUAGAACCCAGCAUGACAUAACAGUGCAGGGCAAAAUAUUCACUGGGCCAAUUCAAUACAAACAAUCUCUUAAAUUGGGUUCAUGAUGCAGUCUCCUCUUUAAAACAAAACAAAACAAAACUAUACUUGAACAAAAGGGUCAGAGGACCUGUAUUUAAGCAAAUACUUAGCAAAAAGUGGGGCAGAGCCUCCCAAGGAGAACAAAUAUUCAGAAUAUUCAUAUUGGAAAAAUCACAAUUUUUAAUGGCAGCAGAAAACUUGUGUGAAAUUUUCUUGAUUUGAGUUGAUUGAGAAGAGGACACUGGAGAUGCCAUCCUCUUUCUCUUUUCUAGUUUGCUCAUACUACAUUGAGUAGACACAUUUAAGGAUGGGGUUAUGAACCCUUCCUGAGCUUUAUGGUCCUAAAAGCAAAAUAAAAACUAUUCGAAUGAAAAGACAAGAAAAUCAGGUAUUAAUCUUGGAUAGCUAAUAAUGAGCUAUUAAAACUCAGCCUGGGACAGUUUAUCAUGAAGCCUGUGGAUGAUCAAUCCUUUAUUAUUAUUUUUUUUUUUUGAAAAAAGCUCAUUUCACGCUCUGCAAAAGGAGAGACUCCCAUGAAGCCUUUUGAAAGGGAUCAUCAUGCAGCUCAACUUUCUGUUGGAUUCCAUGCUAAGCAAGCUAACCUUAUCCUGCAUUGUUAGCACUAGGCACCCAGCUGCCACCUCUCCAUCCUGCGGCCCUUAGGCCACAUGGGAGCAGUCCAUGCAUGACAGCCUCUAUCCUACAAGGCCUAUGAGUAUGGAUUGGGGGGCCAAAAGGAAAAAGCUCCACGUGCCUCUUUGUCUGCGUGGGUCAGAAGAGUUGUGCACGCAGAUUAGCAGGCCAAGGUCUGAGCCACAGCAGCAUUUUUAUUUCAGAUUUUGAUAACUGUUUAUAUGUGUUGAAAACCAAAAUGACAUCUUUUUAAAGCUUAUCCAUAAAAAAAAUAGAUGUCUUUUAUAGUGGAAAAACACAUGGGGAAAAAAAUCAUCUAUUUUGAUGCAGCAUUUGAUAAUGAUAAAACACCUCACACCUCACUCUUUAUAGUGCACAAAAUGAAUGAGGUCUGGGCUAGGUAGAAAAAGGGUCAAUGCUAUUUUUGUUUUUAGAAUCAUUACCUUUUACCAGCUUUUAACCAUCUGAUAUCUAUAGUAGACACACUAUCAUAGUUAACAUAGUUAAGUUCAGCACUUGUCUCAUUUUAAUGUAAAGAUUUGCUUCCAUUUUCCUACAGGCAGUCUCUCUCUUCCUCACAGUCCCACUGUGCAGGUGCUAUUGUUACUCUUACGAAUAUUUUCAGUAAUGUUAUUUUCUUCUAAGUGAAAUUUCUAGCCUGCACUUUGAUGUCAUGUGUUCCCUUUGUCUUUCAAACUCCAAGGUUCCCCUGUGGCCCUCUCCCUUACCCUGGGAAGGCCUCUUGGAGACCUUACCCCUGGCUGUUUGGACUUUGUAUACUUUAAAUAAUUUAACUACCCUUAAUUACUUAAAAAAAAAAAAAAAAGCUUUAUGAUUUUCAUAACUUAUUGCUGAUUUUAAUGGAUUGUUAAUUUCAGUCCUGUAGUUUUAUUUUAUGUUUAGAUAGGGCUGGGCAAGGAAAAAGAAAAUAAAGACAACCAUAUUUAGCAGUGCA